GAACCCGGAAGUGCUAGUACAUGGGUUUUAGCUGCGGCAUGGUGUAGAAGUAGUGAGCACGUUAAGUGGAGUUCGUUUUGGAGACUGAACUGUCUGAAAAAAAUUUGUCCGUGACCGAGCCAGCUUUAAAAAUGUCUGGGGCCAAGGACAGGAUGCGCCACAAGAAAAUGAAAAACCAGCCAAGCAACGUGACGUUCUCCUCUGCGCAACAAUGUCGCAACGACAGAGGCGCAGGAGGUCGCAGUUACAACAGUCUGCAGCACAUGAGGGGACCGUCACAGCACAGCAGACCACAACAAGGUGGCUAUAGCGGCUGGGUGAGGGGGCGUCAGGAUGGGGGAGUCCCUGUCGACCAGGCCCUGCCCAAGUACAUUACCGCGUCUCUUUUUGCCAAUGCAAGAGUUGCAGAAGUCGACGCCAUGCUGAGGGCUGUUACCAAGACGACAGGCAGUUGUCAUGUGUUUGGAGCUCUCCCGAAGCAUAUGCGGCGACGAGCCAUGAGCCAUAACACCAAGAGGCUGCCCUGCAGAUUGAGAGAGGCGGCACACAGGAUGUUGGAGAAGAGUCAGCAGGCAGGCCAGAAAGAAAAGAAAGAGCAAUCAAAAACCAAAAGUCGUCGUGCCCGCCGUCGUCAUGGCAAUUUGCUGCUGGAGUUUAACCGACGACAGAAGAAGAACAAGUGGUUGGAAACUCACAUCUGGCAUGCCAAGCGUUUCCACAUGAUAAAGAGAUGGGGCUACUGCCUUGGAGACCGACCCACAUACAAGUGCUACAGAGCGAGCUACAGGGCUAUGAGCACAGGCUGUCUGCUGCAGGACUUGUCAUACUACUGCUGCAUCGAGCUCCAGGGUCCAGAGGAGCAGCUACUGAGUGCGCUUUCCAGGCUCACAAGCAAAGACACGGGUCCAACGUUUGCAGCAGUGCUAUGUGUAUCAGGGCAGAGAGAGGGCAGUAUCUUGCUCUACAGGCCUGACCAGUACCCUCACCAGCCCCUGGGCCCUGUGCACUUUCUGUGGAGACCGCGUACUGCUAAAUCAACUUACAGACAGCUGUGGAUCUGGGCACAUCCCACAUUAAAGCAGGACCUUCUACCAGAGUUGCAGUCAGUGUGCCAGUGCUUUGAGGAACCAGGCUCUGCUGACCACCCGACUACACCUACCCUUUCAGACCCUAGCACUAAGCUACAGAAUCCCAGGAAGAGAAAGCAAGAAGGUGAUGGUUAUGAUAAUUAUCCUGCCAAAAAGAUCCUGGGUGAUGGCACUCGAUCUCUCAUGACUCCUGUUAGCUGGAAGUCCUCCAAGACUGACAUUGUGAUUAUCGAUCUCUCUAUGGAAGUAGUACGCUACCGUCUGAUUGGUCCACUCUCUCACACUGUGCUUACUGAGACACUUCUGCCAGCUACUAAAUGUGAGGUGGAUACAAAAGUGACAUCUCCUUUCUGGUGGCCAGAGCAGUGUAAGAACAAGGAGAGUAUGUCUUUACACCAGCAGCAAGCCGAUGUCUUCCGGUUAUUAAAAGGUCUGCACUCCACGUCAGAGCUGCCAGCAGGGUGUGUCUUGGGGCUUACAGUGGAUGACCCAAGACUGACUCUGCCUAAAAAAAGGGGGAAAGCUGCUUCUGACCUGCAGGGGGCACAAGGUGUUGAGGAGGAGAGAAGGAGAGAACUGACUCUGAGAGGAAUUCCUGCCCCCUGUGCUCAUAGUGCUCUAUGGGUCCACUCUGUCAGAGACAAUGUGACAAACAACAAGGUUUCGGAGCAGGAUCUGAACAGAAUGAAGAAGGAGUUGUUGGUUCCAGGCUCCAGGUUGCCGACCCCUCCAGAGGGCCGAGUGCCCAUUCUACUGGUUCACCAGGCAGGGAAACAGCAGGGGGAGGAACGGCACGACUGGGGCUGUGGAUGGGAUCUAGUACUGCCCAAGGGUUGGGGCAUGGCCUUCUGGAUACCUCUGGUGUACCGUGGUGUGCGUGUUGGGGGUCUCCAAAUGAGUUUGAAACACUCCCAAAAUAAAGGUAUGCCCCACUUCCCCAAUGAUUUCCCAGAUUGCCCUGCAGGCACUCACUUCCAGGAGCAGCAGGAAAUUGAGCUGCUGGAAAAGUUUAAGAGGCGUCCUCCCUCCAAACGCACAAAUUACGUCAAACAUGGCUGCCUGGCUCCUUUCCGGUGCCCAUGGCAACAGCUGGCAGAGGAAUGGGAGGAGACAGUGAAACAUGAUGGAGAAAACAGCAAGCCCCAGCCAGCCAAAAUGGAGGGAGUGAUAUCACCUGCAGGAGAGAGCACACCCCCAAAAUCUGCUUUCACUGUGUUGAGGAGCCGUAAGGUGCUGAGGCAGUUGUCAAUCUGGUGUCGGCCAUCUUCUGCCCACACUCAGAGAGUGACACAUGGUUUCCCCACCAAGGUGCUAAACUCUACAGUUGCCAUGGAACUGCAGGAACAGUGGGGGCGGUUUCUGGUGUGGGUGCGCGUGUGUAUGCUUGGCAAAGGGCUGCCCACUCUGCACGCCAUGCUGUGUGUCCCCACUGCAGAAGACCUGCAGCAGCUGCGUGGAGACCCCCAGUGCAGUGGCCCCAAAGAACCCAGACACAAAGACCACACCCAUCACCUACUGAAGAAAAGCAAGAGGCGAGAAACUACACCGCAGUGCCUUGCCCAUAGAAAGGAACAAGACUGCUCCCCUGCUGCUGUAAAAGAGGACUCAAGCCCCACUCCUAAGAAAGAACAAGACUCUGGCAUCAACUUCAAAGAAGAACAGCUAUCUUGGCCCACCCCUCCACUUAAAGACACUCAUCCUGUCACCAGCACCACAGUUGAUAAAGAUCCUGCUUUCACCCUUGCUGGUGAGUCAAGUACUGUGAUUGGGAGUGGUGACUUAUCUGGGGGUCUAGAGCGAGGAUUGUGGCCAGAGCCGCUGCCCAGUGUAUCAUCCCACUGCUCACGGGUGACUCUGGGGUGGGUGACACAGGGAGAUUUUUCAAUGGCAACAGGUCGUGGGGAGGCUCUGGGUUUUGUGAGCCUGGUGGGGCUCCUGCACAUGCUCCUCAGCCAGCCGGCGGAUAAACGCGGCACUGUCCUUCUACGCAAUCCCUCUUCCCUCCAGUACCGGUUUGCACGGCUUCAUGUAGAAGCCUGAAGCGCUGGAAGGUCACUGCAUGUACAUCUUUGCCAAGAACUUAAACUACCGUACUGCCAAAAAAAAAAAAUUCAGAAAGCAUCUUUGGAACAUAAACUGGAUUCCACCCCCCCAAACCUAGAGAAUACUAUGCAAAAGUCUUAGGCAGUCAAUAAAAUAGUUUAAAACUAAUAAAAACAGUAUGGUAGAUAACUAUGGUGGAAAUACAAAUUAAAAUAUCGUUAAAUGUAACUUUUUUUGAAUUAAAAAAAAAUACGAAUACCUUGGUUGGAAGAAUUCAGUUUUGGUUCCUGACUUUCUGUACACUCCAUUGCCAUUGAUUAACCAAGCUAGGUAUUGGUCGAAAAUACUGGGCUUCUUUUUUUGAGCUAAUACAUGCUUACUGCUGAGGUAAAUGGAUUUAUCAAAUGUCUGAGACUUUUGCAUAGUACUGUACAUGAAAAUCUCCAAUAUUAUGCAGCACCAUUACAGGAAGAUCUACAUAAAUGCUAGAGUCUAUUUAGGAGUCUUGUCAUAUACACAGACCUACAUGUAGGUUUCUCCAGCAACACUGCAUUAAGGCUAAAUCAAAUGCGUUAUUGCCACAGAAAGCAACCUAAAAUUGACAGUAGUGCAACUACAUAAAUGGUGUAUAUUUGACACUGGAAAAUGUAUCCUAUCACCUGCACUCUACUACCUACUGCACACUAGCAGAUCAUAGUGAAUAGAGCUCAACACAGCUACACAGUACUCCAGAGCACAUCAACUAUGCAUGGUAUGACAUUUAAACUAGGAUUUCCUCAUUUGGAGUGUGCGUUCCUAUAGUAUUACUUCCUAUUCUGUUUAUUUCAAGCUAUAAAUUGGUGAUGAAAAUGGAUGAGUGCUAGUCACAUGUUUAAACAUAUAUAUUUUUGCUUAAGAUUUUUCUGUUAAAAUUAGCACCUAUGUGCAGGUGAUCAUAUUUCACUUUCAGCGUAUCUUUUGGAAACAGAUUUACUCUUUAUAAAGAGAGUUCCAUUGUUUUGAAAAUAGUUUAAUUGUUCUCUGUUGUGCCUGUUUUUUAUUACAAUAAAAUUGUUUUGAGGUUGUUUUUUUAUUUUAUUUUUAUUUUUUGGUUAUUGAGUGAAGGUUGAAUGCAAUCAAUAAAAUUACUGACAAAUCA